UCGGGGGCUCCGAGGCUUUCCGCGCCCAGGCACGCUGCGCACAACACGUGCCGAUCCGGCCACUCUCCGCCCAAGAAUCACACUCCUCUCUUCCAUUCUGUUUGCUGAACUGUAAUACACACCCUGAAGCCUACAAUGGGAGCAUCUUCAGAACUUGUCUUACUUUCAAUAGGUGUCGUCUCUUUUAUAGUGUGGUGGCCAGCAGAAAGUACUGUAAGGAACUAUGGGCCAGUCUUUGAAGAACAACCACGCAACACCCUCUUUCCCGAAGGAUCAACAGAAGAGCAAAUAUUGUUGACUUGCCAAGCACGAGCCAGCCCUCCAGCUACCUACAGGUGGAAAAUGAAUGGCACCGAGAUCAAAAUAGAGCCAGAAUCCCGUCAUAGGUUGAAUGGGGGCAACCUGGUGAUAAGCAACCCAAAGAAAGCCAAAGAUGCCGGAUCCUACCAGUGUGUGGCAUCCAACUCCGUGGGCACAGUAGUCAGCAGAGAAGCUUCUGUUCACUUUGGCUUUUUGCAGGAAUUUUCUACAGAAGAGCGAGACCCAGUGAGGACUACAGAGGGCUGGGGGGUGAUGUUUUCUUGCCACCCACCCGCACAUUACCCAGGACUUGCAUACCGCUGGUUUGUGAAUGACUUCCCCAACUUCAUCCCAGCAGACGGAAGGCGCUUCAUCUCCCAGACCACCGGAAACCUUUACAUUGCUAAGACAGAGGCGUCUGAUCUUGGCAACUACUCCUGCUUUGCCACCGGCCACAUUGACUCUAUUAAAAAGAGCGUUUUUAGCACGUUUUCACAGCUCAAUCUUGUCAGAGAAGAUUCCAGACCAUAUGCUCCAAGCAUUAAAGCCAAGUUUCCUUCUGAUACUUAUGCUCUGGCUGGGCAGCUGGUGGCCUUGGAGUGUUUUGCCUUUGGGAACCCUGUCCCUCGAAUAAAAUGGCGAAAGUUGGAUGGUAGCCAAACCUCAGCGUGGAUCACAACUGAGCCCCUCCUGCAGCUUAAAGAGGUUGGCUUUGAAGAUGAGGGCACUUACGAGUGUGAAGCUGAGAAUGCCCAAGGAAAAGAUACCUAUCGGGGCCGCAUCAUCAUCCAAGCUCAGCCAGAAUGGCUGAAGGUCAUCACAGACAGAGAGGCUGACAUCGGAUCAGACCUCCACUGGAGCUGCGCUGCAGCUGGCAAGCCGAGGCCUACAAUUCGAUGGCUGCGGAACGGACGACCAUUAACUUCCCAGAAUCGCAUUGAAGUGAACAGCGGGGAUUUGAGGAUUUUCAAGUUAACAAUGGAGGACUCUGGGAUGUACCAGUGUGUAGGAGAGAACAAACAUGGCAACAUUUAUGCAAGUGCUGAAUUGUAUGUGCAAGCCUUUGCUCCAGAUUUUCGGCUAAACCCGGUGAGGCGACUGAUUCCCGCAGCUCGAGGUGGAGAAAUUAUCAUCCAUUGCCAGCCAAAAGCUGCACCGAAGGCCAUUAUAACCUGGACAAAAGGGACUGAAGUUCUGAGCAAUAGUUCAAGCACAACUAUCACUCCAGAUGGUACCUUGAUUAUUCGGAAUAUUACCAAGUCAGAUGAGGGGAAAUACACUUGCUUUGCUGAGAAUUUCAUGGGCAAAGCAAACAGCACAGGAGUCCUGUCAGUUCGAGAUGCCACUAAAAUCACCCUUGCGCCUUCCAGUGCUGACAUUAACGUGGGUGAGAACAUUACACUCCAGUGCCAUGCUUCUCAUGACCCAACAAUGGACCUCACCUUCACCUGGGGCCUAGAUGACGUUCUCCUUGACUUUGGCAAGUCUGAAGGCCACUACAAACGAGCUAGUACUAAAGAGAACAUUGGAGACCUUUUGGUCUUGAACGCUCAGCUGAAACAUGCUGGCCGAUAUACUUGCACAGCCCAGACGGUGGUGGACUGUGCUUCUGAGUCAGCCACUCUAGUUGUAAGAGGUCCUCCAGGCCCUCCUGGGGGGUUGGUGGUGCAGGACAUCAAGGACACUACUGUGCAGCUGAGCUGGAGUCGAGGCUCUAAUAACCACAGCCCUAUUGCCAAAUAUAUCAUCCAGGCUUGCAGUCUGGUCUUCCCCAAAUGGAAACAAGUGCGCACCAAUCCUGCAAAUAUUGAAGGCAAUUCCGAGACGGCCCAAGUGGCCAACCUCAUACCAUGGAUGGAUUAUGAAUUUCGGGUCUUGGCCAGCAACAUUCUUGGAGUUGGAGAUCCCAGUAUGCCAUCUGCCAAGAUCCGCACCAAAGAAGCAGCCCCUACUGUUGCACCAUCUGGGCUCAGUGGAGGAGGAGGAGCACCUGGUGAACUCAUCAUCAACUGGACGCCAAUGAAACGGGAGUACCAAAAUGGAGAUGGCUUUGGAUAUCUGCUUGCUUUCCGAAAAGAAGGCACCCAGACAUGGAAGACUGCACUUGUGCAACAUGCAGAAUCGUUACAUUAUGUUUAUCGCAAUGAGACUAUUGCACCCUAUACACCAUUUGAAGUGAAGAUCAAGGCCUUCAACAGGAAGGGGGAGGGGCCUGAGAGCCUGGUGUCCAUUGUGCAUUCUGCUGAAGAAGAACCAAGAGUGGCUCCCUCUAACGUCACAGUCAAAGGAGUUCUGGCCACAGAAAUGGAUGUUUCUUGGGAUCCUGUGGAGCACCGUGAUUUUAACGGAGUCCUUUUGGGCUAUGAGAUCCGGUACUGGAAACAUGGGGACAAAGAAGAGGCUGCUGACAGAGUGAGGACAGCUGGCCUCGUCAACUCAGCACACGUGACAGACCUCCACCACAACACCAAGUACCACGUGGCAGUUCGAGCUUACAACGGGGCAGGGACAGGGCCACCCAGUCCCCCCACCAGUUUCAUGACAACAAAGCCACCACCAAAAAAGCCACCUGGCAACAUCUCCUGGAAGUUUUCCAGCUCCAGUGUAAGCAUCAAAUGGGAUCCUGUGAUUGCCAGUGCACAUGAGUCUGCCGUCACUGGGUACAAGAUGCUGUACCAGCCAGACUCGCACUCCACUCCUAUUCUGUACGUAGCCAACAAUAAUCGGAUUGAGAUCCCUGUUCCAGAACACUCCACACAUGCAAUGGUGCAAAUUAGGACAACUGGUCCAGGCGGAGAUGGCGUUCCAGUAGAGGUGCACAUCCUGAAGAACAGUGGCACAAGUAUGAUGGUGGAAAGUCCAGCAAGUCCUCCCGUUGCACAUACAGCAGCAGCUGCCCUCGCUCACUCACUCCUAAUGUUUGCUCUGAUUCGCUCCUUGGAGCUCUGAUACCAGCCCCUAUAAUGGAGACCUAUGGAAUGAGCUUCCUCCUAGUCCAGUUGGAGCAAGUCAACAGUUGACCAUUAGGACUACUCUACUACACAU